UGAUUUUUACGGCCAGUCUCAUAACUUUGAAAAUUUAUUUUAGCGUGAUAAUUAAAGAGUAAUAAAGCUAUUUAAAAUAAGUUAACUACAACGAUCUCCACUUUGUUUAAGUCCCUUUUAACCCAUUUAUAAGAGCACCGGCUUGUUUUUGAAAACAAAAAGCUUUUCAAAAAUGUCAAACUCGUCCAAAUUUCAAGCAAAAUUUUUAAAGAUUAUUUCAGUUGAUAAUAACUUGAAUGAACGCUCAUUUCAAAGCGGAAUUAAUGUUAUUUGCUGCUAUGAUCCCGAAGGAGUAGUUAUAAAGUUUGCUCGAGAAUCAGAUAAAAAUAUUACAAAUGGACACAGCGAAGGAUAUAUUGAGUUAGAGAUGCUGGUGACCAAGCAGACUACAUGGAAGAAAAAUAAAGACCUCCACAUUAUACACACAAUCGAUGAUAUCGUGUUUCUUAAAUUAGCGUCACCCGAAUUCGAUAAACAGUUUGAUGAGAUUCUUAAAAAGGUUCAAAAUGUCAAUAACUCAGUAUUUAUUAUGCGAACGGAAGACUCUUCAGCUAAUCAAUACUUUCAAUUUUACGGCUACUUGAGUCAACAGCAGAAUAUGAUGCAGGACUUUGUGCGUACGAGCACAUAUCAGAAAGCAAUAAAUGGAAACUUCAAUGACUUCAACGAUAAAAUUGUGUUAGAUGUUGGUGCUGGCAGUGGAAUUCUUUCAUUUUUUGCAGCUCAAGCUGGAGCAAGAAAGGUUUACGCUGUAGAGGCGAGCAACAUGGCACAGUACGCUCAGCAGUUGGUGGCAGCAAACAAUUUGAAUGAUCGCAUAACUGUCAUAGCUGGAAAAAUUGAAGAGAUUGAUUUGCCUGAGAAAGUUGACAUAAUAAUUUCAGAACCUAUGGGCUACAUGCUUUAUAAUGAGCGAAUGUUGGAGACUUAUCUUCAUGCUAAAAAAUGGCUUAAGCCGCACGGAAAAAUGUUCCCUUCUCGUGGUGAUCUUCACGUGGCACCUUUUUGUGAUGAAGCACUCUACAUGGAGCAGUACAACAAAGCAAACUUCUGGUAUCAGACAAGCUUUCACAAUGUUGAUCUUAGCUCUCUGCGCGAUGCUGCUAUGAAAGAAUACUUCCGACAACCAAUUGUGGACACUUUCGACAUAAGAAUAUGUCAAGCAAAAUCAAUUCGUCAUGUUGUUGACUUUUUAAAAGCAGAUGAAGAAGAUUUACAUAGAAUUGAGAUUCCUUUAGAGUUUCAAAUGAUGGAGACUGGAACAUGUCAUGGGUUGGCAUUUUGGUUUGAUGUUGAAUUUUGUGGCAGUACAUCAAGUGUUUGGCUUUCAACAAGUCCAACUGAGCCGCUGACACAUUGGUAUCAAGUGCGUUGUUUACUUCAAAGUCCUUUGUUUGUGAAACAAGGUCAAACAUUAACUGGACGUGUUUUGCUUGUUGCAAACAAAAGACAAAGUUAUGAUGUGACAAUCGAAUUGACUCUUGAAGGAACGAGCAUCUCGUCGUACAAUACAUUAGACUUGAAGAAUCCCUACUUCCGCUAUACAGGCGCAGCUGUAGUUCCACCACCAGGCACAAGCAAUCAGAGUCCAUCUGAGAUGUACUGGACACAGGUCGAUACUCAAGGAACGCGAGCUGUCAAUCUCCUGAAUGGUAUCAGUGUAAACGGUCUCGGCGAAGUCGCUCUCGAUUCUCAGACAAUAAUGAAUCCAAAUCAAAAUUUCAUGACAAUCGGUAAUCAUCAACCGUCACAUCAUCAUCAGCAACAAUAUCAGACGAUUAUUAAUCCUAACAUUCAUUCUGGUUCCAUUCCUUCAACCGGUCGUCCUAACUAUGCAAGCAACAACAGUUUCGGGUCUCAUAAUGCUACUGAUAAAUCGGUUGAAGACACAAGAAUGAUAAUUGAGCAAGCAAAUCGAAUGAUGGGUCAAAAGAAUGGAAACAUUUUAAAUGGAGCUACAGCAGUUGAUGACAAAAUGAUUCCAACUGCAUCAUAUAUUGAUCAACCGAUGCUAUCAGCUAUGCAACAAAUGUUUAACAACACUAAUACUGGAAUGCAUCCGCAAAAUAUCAAAGCUGUUUAUCAUCAACCGAACACACCGCAGCAAAUUUACUUUAACUAAACUAUUGAUGAUUAUGCUGAUUACAUCCCAACGAUACACAAUUGGAAGAAGGAAAAACUUUAUUGAUAUUUUGAUCUUAAUUAUAGACGAAGAAACAACUAUCUCUUGACCCAUCGUUGUCAAAUGUUUAUUCAGGUUCCGCAAUUUUUAAACAUUCUUCUUAUUCUUGUGCGUUUGAAAUUUUAAACAAAAAAAAAGGACGAAUCUUUUGAGAAACGAUAGAUAAUGUAAGAUAAAGACGUUCAUUCAUACUGCAGCUUCAUUUUAAUUUUUUCGCUUAGUUUCUUCUCUCGAUCUUCAACUUUUAAUUUUACUUACUGUGUCCAACACAGAUAAGUCUUUUCUUCAACAUCAUCCAGUCUGAAAAGAAACUUUUAUUUAUUUAAUAAUUCUUCUCCCAAGAGACUUCAUAUGUUGACCUCAUUUGUUUUUUUAGAUAUAAUUUUUUAAGUUUAAGCGUCUGAUGGAUAAAAACUGAUGAUUUUUUUCACAUGAGUUUUGUGAGUGUACGAUAAUGCUCGAAGGAAAAAAUAAGAUGAUAAAGAAUAAAGUUCCAUUAUCUUAGACAUAAAAAAAUCAUGAA